AGAGGAAGAAUGCAAGUUAUUGUAAUGUGAUGCUAGAGUUUGGUGAAGCCACACCGCGCUGUUUCCUGAUUGAGCAUGUUAAAAACUAAGGAUCAUUCAUCCAAAAGAGGUAACUUAGCAGUCACUGCAGUCGCCUUGCAGGACCACAUUUUACAUGACCUUCAACUUGGACAUCUCUCAGUAGCAGAUCCUUGUAAGACAAAAGUGCAAAAGAAUGAGAACAAGUCAAAAUCUCUCAAGAGAAAUGCAACGGCCAUAAUAGAUACCGGGCUGAGAAAAACUACAGAGGGCCCCAAAGUGGAAGAUCCAGAGAAAGAAUACGUUCUAGACCCCACACCACCUCCAUUAACUUUAGCCCAGAAACUAGGCCUCUUGGCCCCUCCCCCAUUGCCACUGUCAUCAGAUGAGUGGGAGAGAGUGAAACAGAGAUCCCUCCUGCAAGGGGACUCCACGCAACCAUGCCCAAUAUGUAAGGAAGAAUUUGAGCUCCAUCCCCAGGUGCUGCUUUCCUGCUCACACGUCUUCCACAAGGCAUGCCUUCAGGCUUUUGAAAAGUUCACAAAUAAAAAAACCUGUCCCCUCUGUAGAAAGAGCCAAUAUCAAACCAGAGUGAUCCAUGACGGAGCCCGCCUGUUCAGAGUAAAGUGUGCCACCAGAAUCCAAGCCUAUUGGAGAGGGUACAUCGUUAGAAAGUGGUACAGAAACCUGAGAAAAAUAAUCCCUCCUACAGAUACCAAGUUAAGAAGACAGUUCUUUGAGGAAAAGUUCACAGAGAUCAGCCAGCGAAUCCUGUGCUCAUACAACAUCAACGUAGAUGAGCUCUUCUCAGAAAUCGACCUCUGCUUGGCUGUGAAUCGCAGCAUUCUUCAGCAGCUGGAUGAAAGGUGUGGCCAUGAGAUCACUGAGGAGGACUGGGAGAAAAUCCAAGUGCAGGCUGCUCACCGUGAGAUCUAUGAAUGCUCCAUCUGCCUGACUCCACUCUCCCUCCAUGGUGACUGCCGACAAGCAGCUGUAGGGACCAGCAAUCAACGUCCCCGAGAGACAGUCCUCCUGUCCUGUGCACACCUGUUCCACCAUGCCUGCCUUCUGGCCUUGGAGGAGUUUUCUUUGGGAGACAAUGUCCCUUUCCACAUCUGUCCUCUCUGCCGCUCCAGCUACCAAAAGAAAAUUCUUGAGUGCUGAAUUCGUGUUCAGGAAGUUAAAUCUAAAGUGAGAACAAGAAAGGGUUGAAAAGC